ACAAAUCAUUCACAUCACAUGAUAUUUUGGCCCUUAAGCAACCCCCAAUCUUCAUGCAUUUCAUUUGCGCAUAUAUACACUAACACACUAACACGGCAUUGGCAAGGAAGUGAGUGGUCAUUGCUAAAACCGAGAGAGAGAGAGGAGUGAGCGGAAUUUUAACCGGGUUCGAUUCGCUAAGCCGAAGAAAAAUGCAGACGGUUCUGGUGGUUCUGGUUUGUACCGGUUUAGCUAUGGCGGCGAGGUUAGCGUCGGCCGCUCAACAUGUCGUCGGCGGCAGCCAAGGCUGGGAAGAGUCUACUGAUUUUGAUUCUUGGGCUUCCGGCCUGACGUUCAAACUCGGAGAUCAAUUGGUGUUCAAAUAUUCGGGACUACACAGCGUCGUGGAGCUGGGGAGUGAGACGGCAUACAAGAGCUGUGACCUGGGAACACCCGUUAAAUCCAUGAGCUCCGGAAACGACGUCGUUAAGCUCACCAAACCAGGAGCUCGUUACUUCGCCUGUGGGACCCCCGGCCACUGCGACCAGGGCAUGAAAGUCAAGGUCAACGUCGUCUCCUCCGACACCGCCGCUUCCACCCCCGAUUCGGCUUCAAAGUCGGGUCCGAGUCCCGACUCGGGCUCCAAGUCCGGCUCGAAUUCGGACUCUAACUCGAAGCCGGGUUCCAGUUCGGGCCAUGGGCUUUGGACUUCUUCUAUGAAUAUGAUUAUUGGGCUUUUGGCUACUGGGCUUAUUUGGGCUUUCUGAGACAAGGGUUUUGAAUCAGGAUUAUUGGGGGGAUAAUUACAAUUUCCGGAGGAAAAAAUAAAUUUGGGAAUUAAAAUGGUAUUGGUGUUUUGUAUGAUUAUUUUUCCCGAGUUUGUUGCAUUUUUUUCCUAUAAUGUAAUCUCUUUUGUUCGUGUGAAUUUCCAAGUAUUGAAUUGAGUUCAUUGC